AUGACAGCCGAUAUCGAGAGUGCAAGCUCAAAGCCUCAGAAGGUUCCAUGGCUUCUUGAAUAUCGAUCCUCUGAUUGGUUUAUUCUUACCACAGUGUGCUGCGCCAUAUUCACAGAUGCUUUCCUCUAUGGUGUUGUAGUCCCCGUUCUUCCAUUCAGUCUACAAGAACGAUCGGGCGUGCCGGAAGAAGAAGUGCAAUGGUGGACAUCAUUCAUAUUCGCGGUCUUCGGUGCCGCUAUUGUAGUCGGAUCUCCAAUUUGCGGAUGGCUCGCGGACCAUACUGCCGAUAGAUCUAUCACCUACUUUGCUGGCUUAUUCAUCCUCGCGGCUGCAACUCUACUGUUUGGGUUUGCAAAGAAGGCAUGGCUUCUUGUCGUUAGCAGAAUGUUCCAAGGAUUUUCGGCUGCAAUCGUAUACACCGUUGGACUCGCUCUACUAGUUGACACCGUUGGAAGUGAAAAUAUUGGACAGUGGAUGGGCACAGCUUUGUCAUGUUCCAGUGUUGGCCUCAUAAUCAGUCCUCUGCUUGGAGGUAUUGUUUAUGACAAGGCCGGCUAUAUGGCUGUGUUUAGUAUGGCUGCUGGACUCAUCGUCAUCGAUAUCAUACUGCGUAUGUUUAUGAUCGAGAAACGGACAGCCGAAAAAUACCUCGGCAAGAGUGUCAAUGUGCCAACAGUUGAAGGCAACGGAACCUUUCCCACCUCUACUGCAGAACAUGAGGUUCAAAGCAAUACUUCGGAGAGCAUCGAUAGCUGGGAACAGUCUUCCAACACCGCAAAUUCUACCCCUCCUGGAUUUGGGAUACCUAACUAUGACGAAUCUAGCGCUCUCCUUCCAAAUAGAAAGCAAAACAGAAAACAAGAAUCUAAAGGUUGGAGUCUUCCACCAGUCAUUACCUUGCUCGGUUCGGCGAGAGUUGUUGCCGCCAUAUACGGUAUAUUUGUUAACGUUUCUAUUCUCGCCACUUUUGACAGUGUUCUCGCAUUGUUUGUCAAAGAGACCUUUCAUUGGAGUUCUCUUGCCGCUGGUCUCAUAUUUUUGUGUAUAGCUAUCCCGGGGCUUGGAGGUCCACUGGUCGGUGCAUUAUCUGAUCGUCUAGGUCCUCGUUGGAUCGCUGUUGCUGGAUGUACUCUCACAGCAGUGCCACUGAUACUUCUACGACUUGUCGAUAAUGAUACAGAUGAGCAAAAGGUUCUGUUGUGCGUCUUAUUGUUUAUCUGCGGGUGUACUCUUAUUCUUAUCGUAGCACCUGUUGCCGCAGAUUUGUCUCUAGUAGUUGGAGAAAUCGAGAUCGCAAAUCCAGGAAAAUUUGGUCCUGGUGGAGCUUAUGCUCAGGCAUAUGCUCUUUUCAAUUGCUCCAUGGCAGCCGCUACCAUAUUUGGUCCAGUAUUCGCUGGUGCGCUAAUUACACAAUUUGGCUGGAAGGCUAUGACUUUAGCUAUGGGUAUUUUCUCUCUAACUGGAGCGAUUCCAUGUCUGUUUUUCACUGGAGGCUAUCUAUUUCGAGAACAGUAG